CUUUUAUUCCACCAUCACUCCCAUCCCAUCCCCCUCACCCCUUUUUAUUAUAAUCUCACGCUCUCUCUCAUUUCCUCCCGUCCCUCACUCUCUCUGAGAUUAAACAGCGAAAUUUUACAAACCCUGUUUUAGAUUUUGGGUUGAAAGAGCGAUCCCUGAAUAUGGGUCAGAUCCAAUACUCCGAGAAGUACUUCGAUGAUAUUUACGAGUACAGGCAUGUGGUUCUUCCUCAGGAAGUGGCUAAACUGCUCCCAAAAAAUCGACUUCUCUCUGAAAAUGAAUGGCGUGCCAUUGGAGUUCAGCAGAGCCGUGGCUGGGUUCACUAUGCAAUUCACCGCCCGGAGCCCCACAUCAUGCUCUUCAGGAGGCCACUGAACUAUCAGCAACAGCAGGAGAACCAAGCCCAGCAGGUGCUUGCAAAGUGAUUGUUGUGUUCAAUUUCACCUUGUAAUCUCUAGAACUGAAAUGUUAGAUAAACAGGUUUAUGGUUUGUUCAAAAGUAAUUUGGAUGUUUGGGUCUUGGCACUGUAGGGUAAUUCUCUCAUUUGGAGAAUUGUGAGGCGUAGUGACUUAUUAUUGUAAUCUAUGGUAUUGUUGAUGACUUUUAAAACGUACAUGGUUGUUUUGUUUA